AUGAAUCUGGCCCUGGUUCUGGCCGUGAAGUCCCAGAUACAGGAAUAUUUCCCCAAGGAGGCCCGUGCCCUCAACUGGAGCAAGUUUUCAGGGUUCUGGUACAUUAUCGCUGUUGCCCCAGACACCCGAGGAUUCCUGCCGGCUAGAGACAAGAGGAAGCUGGGGUCAUGUGUGGUGACAGCGCACAAGAUGGGCCAGCCUAAGGUGACUGUGGCCUUUAACCGGCCUCAGGGGUGUCAGUCCCAGGAGGUGACCCCGAGGAAAGACAGGAAGAAGGCCGUGUUCAGAAACACCUCGAAGGGGGUGAAAGCCUUCCACGUGCUGUCCACUGACUACAGGUGUGGCUUGCUUUACGUCCGCCUGGGCCACGCUGGCAGCAACCACAAGAGUCUGCUGCUCUUUAACAGAUGGAACAUUUGCAGCUUCUCGAGUUCUCUGAGAAUUCAUGGACACAUGCCAUGUUCUGAAGCUCACUAA